AUGGCGACAAGAGGUGGUGGUGCCGCGAUGGCUUUCGCCGCCGCUGUGGGGCUGGCCUGCUGUGUCGACCUCGGGGAAGCCCUCGCCGUUGGGACGGACCACGCGUGCGUGCUUCUCGAUGACGCCACCGUAAAAUGCUUCGGCCAGAACAACUAUGGGCAGCUUGGCCUGGGAGACACGGAUGACCGGGGGCAGAGCGCCGGGACCAUGGGGGACAGCCUGACGGCCGUCGACCUCGGCACGGGAGCCACCGUGGUGGCGAUGUCGGCCGGGAGCGAUCACACAUGCGCCGUACUGGCGGAUGGCAGCCUCAAGUGUUUCGGGCGGAACAACAUGGGUCAGCUGGGUCUCGAUGACACCGACGAUCGCGGUGACGAGGCCUUCGAGAUGGGCGACGACUUACCCGCCGUGUCUUUGGGAACAAACCGCACCGCUGUGGCCGUCUCCGCCCAGGGCGACCGGACCUGCGUUCUCCUCGACAACGGUAACGUGCGUUGCUGGGGCGACGCAGAGUACGGGGCCCUCGGGGGAGGGGACGAGACCACCACCGGCAACGGCGACGGCACCAUCGCCGACUCCGUCGACCUCGGCGUCAACGGUACCAACACCGUCGGCGCGAUAGGCGGGGGCCCGUGCGCCGUUUUCCAGGACGGCAGCCUCAAGUGCUGGGGCGAGGGGUUCUACGGGCAGAACGGACAGGGCACGGCGGACAGCCUCGGCGACGAGCCCGGGGAGAUGGGGGAGUCCCUGCCCACCGUGCCGCUCGGGGAGGGCGUGCUAGUGGAGUCUAUCUCCGGGGGGAGGGACUACCAGUGCGCCGUCUUGCAGGACGGCGGCCUGAAGUGCUGGGGCAGGGCGGAGGGCGGUCAGCUCGGGAGCGAGGCCAUCCUCACCGUGGGCGAUGACCCCGACGAGAUGGGCGACGCGCUGCCGACCGUUGAUCUGGGGUCCGCGGAAACGGCGGUGGAGGUGUCGACGGCCUCCUCCCACACCUGCGCCCUCCUCGGGUCCGGCGGCGUGAAGUGCUGGGGCAAGGCCUUCUUCGGAAACCUGGGGCUCGAGGACUUCAGAGCAAACGUCGCCCUCAGCGUCGCCGCCGCGGGACAGCGAACCUGCGCGAUCCUCGAAGGCGGGAGCCUCAAGUGCUGGGGGGAGAACUCGGGGGGCCAGCUGGGCCUGGAGGACAGCGACCCUAGGGGCGUCUCGGCCGGGCAGAUGGGGGACAGCCUCCCGGCGGUUAACCUCGGGACCAACCGCACGGCGGUGGCGCUGGCGCGGACCGUCGUCUCCACCGCGGCGGCUGCCACCGCUGCUCCUACCCAGGCACCGACGACCGCCCCUACCACCCUGCCCCCCGUGGUUGCGGCUACGUCCCAGCCGGUUUCGACUCCGUCGCCUACCCUCGCUGCGGCGUUGCCGACGCCGUCGCCCGUGGCGCCACCCACCCCUGCCCCUGUCGUCCCUGUCACGACGCCUCCCACUCCGAGCCCCACCGCCGCCAUCGCGGUCGAGGCCGAGGAGGACACGGACAGGGGGGGUGUCGCCGGGGCCAUCGACGGCAUGGACAAGACCGUGGUAGUGGCCGUCGCUGCCCCCGUGGGGGUGAUGCUCCUGCUCGGCUGCCUCGUGUGCGCCGCGAAGCGGAAGAAGAGGCGAUGCGCCGAGACCGCGUCCGCUUCCAGAAAGGGCGAAGCGUCAAGUAGCGAGGCAUCACUCGGCAGCAACUCCGACGAGGGGGGCGUGUAACUCCAUGAUGCGGUGGGAGGGGAGGGGGGGGGGGGGAAACGCACUCCGCCGGACCUCACGGCGUUCCGAUAAGGGGCUGGCGUUCUGCGGAGCCCCCCCCCUCACUUCCCGCGAGGAUAGGAUUCCGACCACCGGUUGCUGGGCGACGCGGAGCGAGAUGUCGACCUCGUUGUCGUUUCCUCCCGAACGCGAUACCUGCUUGGCUUUGGCAUUGGUCAUUCUCUCAUGAGCGCCUUUCGACGGCUGCUGUUGGUGCCGGCGGUCGUUCAUGCGACCCUCUCUUUCGUGUCAUGUGUGUGCUUAUUUUUAACUACUACAGUAGCACUUUGGUCUGGCACCGGCUGACCGUAUUGGGCAUGCCGCCGGUGACGGAGGGUAGAGUUCAAGGUCCACCCCCCCCCUCGGAAGCGGGCCGGGCCGAAAUUCUACAGCAACAAGCGUGUGCGCGUCGUGUGGGUGCGCGUGUGUUGGCUAUGUCUUGCCUUCGGCGCGGAGUCGUGUUGGCGGGGGCGCGGGCUGUGGCUGAUCUGGCUCUCUCUCUCUCUCUGUCUCGUGUGACGGUGGAUUGACUGACGGUCCGUGGUUAUUAGGGUAUGUUAGCCCUCGCUUACUCGCUAGCUUGCUUGCGUGCUUGUCGGGGGAAUCUGGGAGUGGCUGCUGAAAGGGUAUGUGGCGUCAAGGGCGUAAGCAACGUGGUGCCAUAAUUUCGCACGGGGACGGCCUGCUGCUCCUUACUGAUCGGUAAGAGGAGGCAGGCAGCGAACAGGCAAAGGGCGCGCGCGCGCGGGGGGGGGGGGGGCUGAAGGGAGGCAUCAUUUCCAGCCCGGGAUUGAUUUUUUUUUUUCUAGGGGCCUUUCGGUUCCCCCCCCCCAAUUUGGUCUUUUUUUUUUUUGUGCCCCCCAUCCAUGCUGGGGUGCCCUUUGGUUGACCCAAAAGGGAAAAAAAAAACAAAACGUAACAACUGGGUUGGGCUUGUUUUCUUCGGGAACGGACCCCUCCCGUUUUUUUUUUUUUUAUUUUUUACGUGUGGGCUCUGCGUUGCUUGGCGGAUUUUUGUGGCCGGCAGGACAUGCGUACAUUUGUUUGGAGGAGUCGCGGAUACGGGGAGAGCUUCCUGCGGUGUGCAGGCUUUGGUUGUUUGCUUCCACCGACUCCCACACUCUUGUGUCUUGUUUGCAGCAUUGGUUUCUGCGCAUUCGCUGCAGCAAUCGCGACCUGUAUUGUCUCAGUAAAGAAGUACGUGUUUUUGCUCGUUUUGAAAGCGGUCUUAUCUGUUUCCCUUCCCCCCUCCAUGGGUUGUGAUCGAUUGCGUGCAUGCGUCUGGUGUUCUUGUCGAUGAGGUUUGUUGCGUGUUGCGCUCACGGUUCGAUUCCCGUUCGGAACGCACACACACGCAGUGUGAAGGAUGUCUUGCGGUGAUCUUCGUUUCGUCUGUCGUCAGGCUGGCUAGUUUUCUGUUGUUAGAAAGGCACAUGUAUAAUAACACGAAUAGUAGUAUCAAAUUUUGGUGGAGGCAACGAUACCUUUGAUGAUUCGUUAGAUUUUGCGCACCUACGUAGCCAUGCAGAAAAGUGGAGCAUGUGGUUCGAUAUUCCAUUCCAGCGUCGGCCGCACCUGUGUUCGGUCUCGUCGAUUGCAAGCUGUCUGUCGGUAAUGAUUGUGUUAUUAUGCCGUUGCCCGCGGUUUUUUGAAGGAGUUAUGUCCACAGCACACCGGUUGCUGCGUGGAUGAUGGCGUGUUGGCCAGGCGUUUUGGUUUUGGGCGAGAAGCAAGCGAAGGUCUAAGCAGAAAUCACCCUUCGGAUGUUGUUGCUACCGGAGGGGAUGUGGCAUCUUUCGCGUCCUUUCCUCUCUCCCGACGCACUCCUCCUGUUUUUCGUGUUUGGAGAAGUGUCAUGGUUGAGUGCACGAUUCGCUGUUGUUUUGGUUGUUGCCCCUUGAUUCGUUCUGUUGAGCUGUUUAAUUACUUGUUGAUUGGUCCAACUUAUGUCGAGCCUCCCGCCCCUCGCGUUUAGGUCGUUUGUUGUCUUGUUUUGUCGAUUUGUCCAACUUGUGUCGAGCCGCACCUCCCUCUGCGGUAGGCUGUGUUAAAUGUUUAUGUUUGUUACUUUCAGUCCAUCUUGGGGAUGGCUUGUUGUGCAGAAAGAUUCCAGAGAAUCGACUAAAGGCGGUACAACAUGGCAUGUUUUAUUACGUAACUCGAGUCAGCUGUGAAGCCACCACGGUUGCUGCUGCUGCUGUUUUCCUUGUUUUGCGAUGCCUAUAGUAUCUUUGUGGCUAAUUGCGUGUGGGGGGUGUAGCACGGCGCCAGUGACAGGGAGUAUUCUAUUCGUGCGUAAUAACUACCGGUAUGCGCUACAUUUAUUUAGUAUUUGUGAGGUUAUUUUUGGCCUGUCGUUCAACGGUGGUAUUGGUAGGUGUGGAAAAAACCAAGGCAGGCAGGCGUUGUUAUUCUACAGGUCAGGUGGUGCUGUGAAGAACACAACAGUUUUUUUCCAGAAACAAACCCACCUGGCUGGGCGGUUGUAGUUAUUGGACCGCGGAGAUUCUUUUCGAGAGGAGAGGAGAGAAGGGGGGAGGGUAAGAAAAAGAGUGCUGUGUUGUUGUUUUCGGUUCUCCAUCGUCAUCAUUGUUAGCGACACUCACCUUUGCGGUGAUACUGUGUUUAUUUUUUGCGGGGUGGGCGUCACACGGCUCGGGUGCUGCUGCCUCUCUGUUUGUUUAGUCAGGCCGAUCUUCGUGGUUUCGACUUCACCAGUGUGGGUGGGAGAAUACAUGGAGACUGAACUGUGUUUGUUUUGUCUGCUGCAAAGAUUCAUCCGUUUGGCGGGAUCCUUUUUGCGUUGUUGGCAUCUUGCAAUCAAUGCGGAAAACGUCGUCCAGUUUCCGUUCUUUCGCGCGGUCGACAGCCACACAAUCAACGAGGAGAUUUAUUUGUCAUUUGUUGUGUUUUUGUUACAACAAUAACGA